AUGGGUGGAGGAGGUGUAAUACCUCCUCCUGCAACUUACUUUGACAAGGCAAGAAACAUCUCUCUCAGCCUGUUAUUACUUGUGCAGAUUCAAGCCGUCCUAAAGAAGUAUGACAUUCUUUUCGUUGCGGAUGAGGUCAUCUGUGGUUUUGGAAGGCUUGGGACAAUGUUUGGAUCUGAUAAGUACAACAUUAAACCAGACCUGGUGUCAUUAGCUAAGGCACUUUCUUCUGCAUACAUGCCAAUUGGUGCAGUUCUUGUGAGCCCAGAAGUGUCAGAUGUCAUACACUCGCAAAGCAACAAACUUGGUUCUUUUUCUCACGGCUUUACUUACUCUGGACACCCAGUAUCGUGUGCUGUUGCAAUUGAAGCACUAAAGAUCUACAAGGAGAGAAAUAUUGUUGAGAAUGUGAGGACCAUUGCCCCCAGCUUCCAAGAUGGUGUAAAAGCCUUCUCUGAUAGUCCAAUCAUUGGGGAGAUUCGUGGAACUGGUUUGGUCCUGGGGACCGAGUUCACUGACAACAAGUCGCCCAAUGAUCCUUUCCCUCCAGAAUGGGGGGUAGGUGCCUAUUUUGGAGCACAGUGUGAGAAGAAUGGGAUGUUAGUACGUGCAGCUGGGGAUAACAUAAUGAUGUGUCCACCGUUUACUCUCAGCCUAGAAGAAGUUGACGAGUUAAUCAGAAUCUAUGGGAUAGCUCUGAAAAAGACUGAGGAGAGGGUGCGGGAACUCAAGGCUCAGAGUAAGUAA